UUUGGAAUAUUAGAUCUUGCACACGACAUUGUCAAAAAUUCGACCCGAAUGGCUACACAUGGACUUUGUUAUUAUUUGGCGAUUGAAUCGCUCAACAAAGCAUUCAGUAGUUUUAUUCAAUUUAAAUCCAUUGAAAUCUUAUUAUAUUUACGUAAUAAUGAAUUAUUUUCAAUUGUCGAACUCGAUUUUGAUCAAUAUAAUCGAAAACUAAACAAGAAUAAUUUAACAAAUCCUUCAGAGAAUUUUCAAAAUUUGUUAAGAUUUGUUAAAGAGAAAUAUCUUGAAGAUAUUAAUGUACUUUGUAGUGAUAAAAUUGGAAAAGGGAAAAGUCGCAAAAGUUUUGAUCAACAUUCAUAUUUAAAAAAAGAACAAAUGUCAUGCAACCUUUUAAAUAUUAUUGCAGAUGACAUGACUUGUCCAAUUAGUCAUAAACCAGAAGAUCGAUUAUCGGAACAUCAUUUUGAGGAAGCUGAAUAUUUGUGCAAGGAAUUCUUAAAAACAUUUCCUAAAAGUAAUUCUAUGAGAUGCAUUUUAGCUUAUACAUAUAGAUGUCUUGAUGAUCAUAAACAGGCACAUUUAGUUUUAAAUGAGGCCAUUCAUUUAAAACCAAAGAAUCCCAUUUCAUGGUACAUUAGGGGGGAAACUUUUUUUAGAGAAAAAAAAUAUGAAGAUGCGGUUUCUGCAUUAACAUCAUCAUCGCACCAUAACUAUAAAAUGAAUAAUUUGUAUUUUAUCCUUGGCAAUAGUUAUUUUAAUCUUAAAGAUGACGCUAAUGCAUUAACAAAUUAUAAUUUAGAAUUACAAAAUAAUCCAAAUAAUCAUUUAUGCUUGAAAGAUUGUGCAUACAUUUAUGAAAAACAAGAGAAAUAUUCAAACACUUUAGAAAUGCUGGAUCGACUGUUAAACAUUAAUGAUCAUGAUUCGUUGAUUUUGUGCUAUUAUGGAGAAAUUCUCAUGCAAAUAGGAAGAUAUGAUGAUGCCGCAUCUUAUUUUACAAAAGCAAACAAGAUAGAUCCAGAAAAUAUUCAUAAUUUAAUCAAAAGAUCCAUUGCUUUUAUCGUACUUCAAGACUAUGAUAAAGCUUUAUUAGAUCUAUGUAAAAUUUUGCAUUUAAAUCCUUCAAAUAAUUUAGCAUACUAUUAUAAAGGGAUCGCUUAUACUUCAUUAGAUGAUAUAAAUGGUGCCGCAAUAGCAUUUCAAAAGUAUUUAGAAUUAGAUCCCAAUGAUGAAUUAGUCAAAGUUCAAUUAUAUUAUUUAGAAUAUAUACAGAAUAAGCAUAAUUCUAAUGAUAUAUUGAAAAAACUCAAUCAAAUUACUAAUAUUAGUUAUAACCGAGCCUUAUUGCCUUUAAGGUGUGAAAUAUAUAUUAAAUUAAAAAAAUAUGAAAUGGCUUUAAUGGAUUUGAAUAUAUUACUCUGGUUGAAUGAAAAAGAUAUUUCGUUUCUUUAUUUGUUAAAAGAACAUUCGGAUUUCUGGUCAUUCGUAUGUAGUUUAUCUGGCAAGGUAUUACGAAUUUCAUCUUAUGAGAAAAUGCCUGAAUCAUUUGAUCCUCAGAAAAUCCCCAAGUUUUUAUUUCAUUUUGCACAUGGAUUUGUUGUUUGGAAAAUUUGCAUCAACAAAAUAUCUUCAAAAGACUGUACCUUGAUUUUCACAAUUGAUACGGGAAAAAUGAAUUCCUCUCAGAAUCAACAAAAAAAGCACAUUCUAAAUUAUGAUAAAAUAUCAGAAUUGGUUGGAUUAGGGUGGAUUGAAUAUACGCCUCCAAUUCGAAUAAGCAUACAAGGAUUUGAAUGGGUUCAACCUUUAAUUAAAGUGAAAAAUGGUUAUAUCGAUAUGAAAAUUGAUUACAUUCGGACAACGUUUGAAAACAGAUCAAUUUACUAUCCUCAAGCAGGUCAUUUAUUACCUAAUUACAAACAGCAUCCAAAUGUUCCAGAAGUUUUUGAGGAUAAAUAUUUUUCAAAGAAAGAAAAAGAAAAUUUACUCGAAUUAAACGAUAUUCUUAACUAUUAA